AUGGCAAUACUGCUGCAUUGGAAUAAGGACAGGGCGUCCAGAAGACGAGUUCGCCUUCACCGGUACGCCGAUCUUGUCGCCGCGGCGCGCAAUCUCGGGCUUCCGAGCCACAGGCACAGUGACGGCGCGCAAGCGGCGAUGCCGACCUCUGAGCGUGAAUGGGACAUAUUUUUCCGGGCGGAAGAAGCCGUCAGACUGGUGAACUGGAUCUUCCUUGUCGACUCAUCACACGCUAUAUUCCACCACGCACCCCCGAAAUUGACGCUGUCGGAGAUGACAGGGAACUUCCCAUGCUCUGACGAGCUAUUCGCAGCCCCACACAGCUUCCUGCAGCAACAGAAGAGCUGGCAUUGGGCUUUUCCGAAGUUGCACUCUAUAGCGGAGGGCAUGUCCCUGCUGAUGCGUGAUUCUUGGACGGACGAGUUGCUGGCGGAAUUCCAGCAUCUCGGCUAUCAGGGCUUCUUCAUUCUGAUAUCAGGCCUCCACGAGAUCAUCUUCAGCGCCGAGGCGACAUGCUCUCUCGCCGCGGUAAAGCCGGUGGUGAACCGAGCACUCACCCGCUGGAAGCUGCUCUGGGACCUCCAUACGCAAGAUGUGCCGCAAGACGGAAGCGGCCGUUUCGGAUUUUACGAGAACGCUGGCGAGUAUUGGUGGCUUGCAAAGCUCUUCCUCGACAAGGGAACGCCCUCGACAGCAGAAGAGGGCGGGAAAGUCUUCGAUCAGGACUCCAUGGAAGGCGUCAAUGACUUUGUUAGGAGGUUCGUCGAGAUGCGCAUGGAGUAA